AUGUGUGGUAAAACUUUCAAGAGUCCCAGUGACCUAUCACACCAUCAACUUCUACUCCAUUCAUCGGUUUCACCCCAUACAUGUAGCUAUGACAAUUGUGAUCUAGCUUUCAAAUCACGCACACAGUUGAAAGAACAUGAAAUGAAAGUUCACAUUGGUACUAAGUUCCCUUGCACAUAUAAAGACUGCAACAAAGUGUUUGAGUUAGAGAGGUACAUGAAGAAGCACUUACAUACGCACUCAGAUGUAAAGGUCUAUGCGUGUAGUUGGCCUGGCUGUGGCAAACGCUUUCGUGAUAGUAAAAAUAGAAGAGUUCAUUAUUACAUUCAUACUGAUGAGAAACCAUUGAAGUGUGCACUCUGUGAUUUUAGGUGUAGACAACAAGCUUCUUUAAAUUGGCAUGUGUCAAACAAACAUAAAAAAGGAACAAAAUCAACCAAAGAUUCCUUACAACAGGAAGAAACAAAUAGUAAUCAGUCUGUAACUUUGGUGCACAAUGUUGGUAUUAUGAAAGAGGGUGAUUUCUUGUCACCAGUAUCAGAGAACUGUUCCAUUCCCGUAUUGACAACAAACAAUGAUGUGGUAAAGAUCAUGAGAAAUACCACUGGGCAUCUGGAAAGUCAGCAAACUGAUUCUACUGAACAUGAAUUGAACAUGAAUGUAGUUCAUGUACUCAUGAAUAUGGAUACCAAUAAUCAACAAUUACACUUGUCAUCUAGACUUGCCAUGGAUGAGACAUCGAUGAACACAUCAGAUGAAGUUGCUAAUGCUAAUAGUGUGAACACAUCAGAUGAGGUUGCUGAUGCAGCUGCUACAUUACAAUCUAUAGCUAUACCACAAGCAUCACAAACUGUGGCACAACAUAAUCAAGUGCAAACAAAUUUGAAAAAUAGUGAUGAUAUAAUUCAAAUCACAUUGCCAACACCAGUGGGAGAAGAGUACACAUAUACAUAUAAUCAUACUCAUACAGCUAGUAGUACAGAUACAUUCACUCACUAA